GCCAAAUGACAUAGGAUGAAGGCUAUUCGUAACCAGUUGAUUUAUAUAUUUUCCACCUAUCUCCUGGUUAUGUUUGGAUUAACUGGUGCACAAGACUACUGGUGUUCCACUUUGGUCAAGGGGGUCAUAUAUGGAUCUUACUCAGUGACUGAGAUGUUUCCCAAGAACUACACGAACUGCACAUGGACGUUGGAGAACCCUGACCCUACCAAAUACAGCAUCUACCUUAAACUAUACAAACGAGACUUGAGCUGCUCCGAGUUCUCUUUGCUUGCUUAUCAAUUCGAUCACUACUCGCACGAGAAGAUCAAUGAAUUGCUGAAAAACAACGAGUCUAUAGUGUACCUGUGUGAUUCCAAGAAUAUKUAUAUAUUUUUGCAGUAUGACAAGAAUUUCGUGCAGCUACGGAGGGUUUUCCCUUACGAUUAUAACGGAUUGCAGAAGACGGACGAAGAGGAGAAGUCUGUGGUGGAAUUCUUGGUCUUGAACAAGGCGAGCCCCAGUCAAUUUGGAUGUCAGGUGCUGUGCACGUGGCUGGAGAACUGCCUGAAAUCGGAGAAAGGAACUGUGGAAACAUGUGGAAUAGUGUAUACGAAAAUGCCCUGUCCCCAGCACUAGGCGACGGAGAAUCAGAAAGUAUGCUUGUGCUUAACAACGUGGUUUUGCCUUUAAAUCCCAAACGGAGGGAUGCCUGACUCCACAAAUCCGUGCUGGGCAGGUGUGCAACAUCAGUGCAAGGUUAAACGACCAGCAAAGGAGG